UCUAACGCAUGCAUCAUUCACAUUGUGGUCUAUAGUGCAGUGGUUGAUAUGAGGCCUUUUGUGUUGUUGUCCACGUUGGUGGCGCUGGCGAGCGCCAGACCUGAAGCCGGCUACAGUUACAGCCCGCCGAGCAGCUCGUACGGAGCACCAUCCGGCGGUGGAGGCGGCGGCGGCUUCGGCGGCAGCGGCAUAGGCGGCGGCUUCGGCGGUGGCGGCCACGGAGGCGGCGGCGGCGGCGGAGGUGGAUUCGGAGGAGGCGGCGGCGGCGGCUUCGGCGGCGGUUUCGGCGGCACCGGCGGAGGCGGCGGCUUUGGCGGCGGCGGCUUCGGUGGCGGAAUCGGCGGUGGAUUCGGAGGCGGCGGCGGCGGUGGCGGCGGAUUCGGUGGCGGAUUCGGCGGCGGCUUCGGCGGCGGUACCACCAUCCAGAAGCACAUCUACGUGCACGUGCCGCCACCGGAACCCGAGGAGUUCAGGCCGCAGAGACCGAUCUCCGUCGGCCAGGCCCAGAAGCACUACAAGAUCAUCUUCAUCAAGGCCCCAAGCGCGCCCACGCCGACCGCCCCGGUCAUCCCCGUCCAGCCUCAGAACGAGGAGAAGACGCUGGUCUACGUGUUGGUUAAGAAGCCGGAAGAACAGCCGGACAUCGUCAUCCCGACGCCGGCACCGACUCAGCCAAGCAAGCCGGAAGUCUACUUCAUCAGAUACAAGACUCAGAAGGCUGCCGGAGGCGGCGGCGGCGGCUUCGGCGGCGGCAUCGGCGGAGGCAUCGGCGGCGGAAUUGGCGGCGGCAUUGGCGGCGGUAUCGGCGGCGGAAUCGGAGGUGGAAUCGGCGGCGGCAUCGGCGGCGGCAUUGGAGGAGGACACGGCGGCGACAUCGGCGGCGGCAUUGGCGGCGGUCACGGCGGCGGCGGCGGCGGUGGCGGCGGCAUCUCCGGCAGCUACGGCCCGCCCGGCAAGUCCGGCCCGUACUGAUCGACGUAACGAGUACCUCGACCCGCUCCGGCGCCCGGACCGGGUCACAACGCAAUGCUGCAAUGGUGAUCCGCGGAUCCACCGUCCGUCUACCCGCGUAACGGACACGGUGGGUCUGUCUCUUUAUUUCGUAAGGCGGCGGCGCGACGCGGCCGAGGCCGGCACCCUCUGUCCCAAGACUAAAAAAAUGUUCGCCGUAUCAAAUUGGGGGAGGUCGGGCUCGCCGUCCACGUCGCCGUUUUAUUUUCUCUUUUUGUAAAUAUCGUGCAAUAAAUAUUAUGUUUUUAUAUUAUAUAUUUUUGUAUAUUUUAAUGAAUACGGUGACAAAUAAAUGUAUUUUUAGUAUA